AUGCAUCCAAGAAUCCCCAACGCAGAAGAAAGAUUCAGAUCCUUCUGCAGUAUUGUCGGAUCCAACACGCUUCAGGAGUAUCUCGAUGCCCUUGAGAAGCUUUGCAAGGAGUUGGAAAAAAGAGAAGACUUGGUUGGGGAAACUCUGGUGUAUCCGCCUCAUGAACAGAGAAAUCUCAUUCUCAACGAUUCUCGUGGUUCUGGCACCCAUCGAUAUUGCGACAUCAGUCCCGCAAAAAGAGGCCAGGCAAUCAACUCUCGAUCGGAUAAGGAAGCUGAAGAGGUUCUAGAUAACCGUGUACUAAGUGUAAUCCGUUGCAGAAGGAUACGAGCAUCCGCAUACAGAUUCCCGGUCUAUGAUUACCCAUCAAGUUAUCAAUAA